ACUCUGCGCGACGUGAUUGGCCGCCGCUUAUUGACGCAAGGCACUAACAUCCCGCAGCGAUUGGCUGGAACGCCUGUCAACGCCUGUCAGUCAAAGUGACGGACCAAUCGGAGCGCGCCGUCGGCCCUUUGUUCCUCCCGUUCGGCGGGUGACGCAGAGGGUCAUGUGUUGUUUGUGCUCUGGCCCGUAGAGAUGUGUACAGCAGGAGAAGGGAACGGAUUGCUAACCGAGCUAGCCGGAGCCUCCCGAUUAUAGAAAACAGGGACUCGAACGUGGUCAUGUUGCACACGGUAGGCUUCAUUUCGUGAAGGGGAAAAAAAAAAAAGAGCCCACAUCGGAGUGCCGGCCUCGCUGCUACAAACGGCGGAGGGACUUUGUUUUUUAUUUAACGCGGAACAACAAAAGCCGGUCCGCGAGGAUUGCAAAAAAAAAAAAAAAAAAAAUCUGAGCCGAGUCAACGUUAGCUGGCCUAGCCGGACUCCGGAGCUCGUCUCCCACAACAAGAAUGGGGUCUAGGUCCACUCGGAUUAGCUUGCUAGUGAAGUGACCUUUGAUUGUGUUUCUCUGAUGGCAAAUUUCACGAAUUACCAGGAAGGAAAGGCAGCGAUGUUGAUGGUGGAGACGCAGCAGAGGGACGUGGGGACGAAAUCCACCGCGAACGGAGACGGCUCGGUCGGGGAACCCCCUUCCCCGUUAAUUAAUAUCAGCGGCGGCGGCGGCGGCGGCGGUUCUCGUUUCCAUCAACAUUUACCGCCCUCCAACCAUCAACACCUCAGCCACCAUCACCCGCCAAAGGAUCAACAACAGCAGCAUCACUACCAGCUGGCUCCGCAGCAUCUUUCCGGAGAAAACAUCGCGGAGUCUCCGGGCAGGAAAGCCUCCUCCUCCUCGUCUCUCAGCCAGGUACACGCCGCCGAGGACCCCGCCGCUUCCUCCGCCGCCGCCGCCGCUUCCUCCGCCGGCAGCAGCGGCAGCGGCAGCCAUGUAUACGCGGCGGUGAGCGUCGCCAACGCCUCGGACGCUGUGGAUGAUAUUCGUAAAUGUGGCUAUUUGAGGAAGCAGAAACACGGACACAAGAGGUUUUUCGUGCUCCGGGCUGCCAGCCACCUCGGGCCGAGCCGCCUGGAGUACUACGACAGCGAGAAGAAAUUCAGGAACAGCCUGCGCUCCGCCGCCAGCGGUGGAGCGGUCGCCCCUUCUCCCCCGAAGAGGGUUAUUUACCUCUACCAGUGCUUCACGGUAAACAAAAGGGCGGAUUCCAAAAACAAACACCUCAUUGCCCUUUAUACUAAGGACGAGUACUUUGCCAUUGUGGCGGAAAACGAGCAGGAGCAAGAGGACUGGUACAUAGCUGUGAGUGAGUUGAUGAGUGAGGGCAAAAAAGGGCAUUUGGAUUCAGAUGAUUUAGAUGAUGGAUACGGUACCGUCACCCCCGGUACCGUGUUCAAAGAGGUGUGGCAGGUGAAUGUGAAACCUAAAGGACUGGGUCAAACUAAAAACCUCACAGGUGUUUACCGGCUAUGCCUCUCGACUAAAACCAUUCACCUCGUUAAGUUGAACUCUGAAACGCCCUGUGUUAACCUUCAGCUGAUGAACAUCAGACGCUGCGGACAUUCUGAAAGCUUCUUCUUCAUCGAGGUGGGUCGCUCCUCCUCUAUCGGGCCCGGGGAGAUUUGGAUGCAGGUGGACGAUUCCGUCGUGGCCCAAAACAUGCACGAGACCAUCCUGGAGACGAUGAAAGCCCUCAAAGCUUUCGCAGAGUUUCGGCCCAGGAGUAAGAGCCAGUCGUCGGGCUCCAACCCAAUGCCGUUCAUCACAACGCGGCGCCACCUGGGCAACUUGCCACCCAGCCAGACGGGGCUGCAGCGGCGGUCGAGGACAGAGUCAGUCGUGGGCACGCCGCCGUCAAGUAAGAGCUCUGGGGCGAGUGGUUAUCGCUUUCGAACAUCCAGCGAGGGCGAGGGGACGAUGAACCGGCCUUUCCGCUCCGCCACAGGAAGUCUGGUUCACCUGAACUCCGCACGCGCCCAUCAUGGUCGUCAGGAAGGUGGUGGCAGCAGCAGUGGGAGUGGAGUCGCCACGGGAAACGCCGGCACGAGCACCGGCACCGGACGCUACGUCAGAGCCAUCCAAGGGUCGUCGUCCACCUACCACGCCCGCUCCGCCUCGCUGCCAGUGUCCCACUUCCCCUCCACCACCAGUCCGGUGAGCGUCUCCUCCAGCAGCGGCCACGGCUCCGUCUCCGACACUCUCACCCGGCCAUCGAGCGCCUCGAUAUGUGGCUCGCCGUCUGACGGAGGCUUCAACUCCUCAGACGAGUAUGGCUCCAGUCCUGGUGACUUCCGGUACUUCCGGGUGCGGAGUAACACACCGGACUCUCUCGGCAACACCCCACCAAUCAGAGAGGAGAACUGUCUAAACGAUUACAUGGCCAUGGGCUGGAACAGGGAGGUCUUCGGCACCGGCGGGGGCUCUGGAAACAACAGCGGAGGUGACACGCCGCGGGACGAGAGCACGUCGACGACAGAGGACGAACGCUUGUCUUCAUCAUCGUCGUCACUGAGGAGGAGGACUCACUCUUUCUCCAGACCAGCCGGUGGCGCAACCGGCGGCUCUGGAGUGGCGGUUUAUCAGAAAAUGACCCAGACCAACUUCUCAUUGGAGGAGGGGUCAGAUGUCGUGUUGCCAUUUGGCAGCGGGCUGCUCCGUGGCGGGCCGUCCUCCUCCUCUUCCUCGCUGCGCUCUGACUACAGCUCCUGCUCCGAGCACAGCCAGCAGAGCCGUCCCUCCACGCUCUCCCGGACGGAGGCCGGUGCUGAGCGCCCGCCCCUCUCCUCCUCCUCCUCCUCCUCUGCCAAGGAAGACAGCGGCUACAUGCCCAUGAUGUGUGGCGUGGCCGCCUCGCCGCGGGACACUCCUCCCGACUACAUGCCUAUGCAACCCAGCUCUUACUCCCAUCCCAUCUCCCAUUCUCCUCAGUUUCACAGUCCAGCUUUAGGGUCCCGUUCAGCCCACCACCACCCCCAGCUCCAGUCCCAAUCCUCCACAGACGCCCACGGCUACAUGAUGAUGCUCCCAGGGGGCAGUGGCAGCUCCCCUUCUCCCGGGCAGGCCUCCCCCAGCCCUCACAGUAGCUCCAGCAUGGCAGGUGCCAGCGGGAGUGAGAGCAUAGCAGAGAGACCAGAGAACGGGGAGUAUAUGGACAUGUCAUACAGCAGCAGUGGGGGGCGCAAGCUCUCCAACGAAGGGAGCGGUGGGUAUUACGCACCUGGUACACCUGAGGGCACCCCAAAGUCUUACAGUCCUUAUUUCUCCCUCCCUCGCUCCUACAAGGCCCCCACCAGAGAGAGGGAUGAGAGAGAGUACGGAGAGUAUGUUCCUAUGAGUUCUCCUGCCAAGCCAGUAUAUUCAUCAGUUGCCACAGCUUCCAUGUUAACACCAGAGAAGAGGGGUGGGGGAGGUAGUAGCACCUCCACUCCCUCUCACCCACCCCCGCCUUACGGAGCCCACCACACGACCGCAGCGAUGGCGGACCGACGAGUCGUGAGGCCCAACCGCCUCCCUUUAGGCCGAAGAAGUUUCCACGGCCCGCUGCGGGUUAGUGAGCCCUCCACAGCGUCUGCAGGCACCUCCACCUCAGUCCCCGCCACGGUCAGCUCAUCUGAGGGGCCUUCCAGCCCCGGAGAGUAUAUUAACAUUGAGUUUGGCGAUCACUACCCCCACCAACAGCAGCCCCCCGCCUAUCCACUUUCUACCCAAGACGAAGCGCCUUCCCUGGGAUCCAGUGACCACUGUCGCUCCCCUCCCCAGCCCCAAACUCACCAGGACUAUAUGAGUGUGGAGGUGGGGGCCGACCAGCAGGACAGUGCUGGAUGUCUGGGUAAGAACCAGUCUCCCAGACCCAGCCUUGUCGCCCCCUGGAACCCACCCAGCUAUAUUCGACCCCUGGCUAGCAAUCCUGCGGCGCUGGCCUCCCCUGGAGUCCCUGCCGGAGGUCACUGGAGGUCGAUGGGUGACGACUACACGGACAUGACCUUUAACCUCAGCAGAGGUGACAGGACGCAAACGAGCCCCACAGCCAUGCUGCAGCAUCUCUGUGUGAUAGAGGGACGAUAUGGCCACGCUCCCUCCGCCUCCUCCUCAUCCAUUUCUCCUCCCCUCCCUCCGUCGAGCCCGGGCAGGGCGCCGACGCACCAGCCGGAGCCCAAGGUGGUUCGGGCCGACCCCCAAGGCAGGAGGAGACACAGCUCGGAGACAUUCUCCUCCACAUCCUCCUCCAAUUCAACUCCCUCUGGAGCAGCCCUCGGCCCCUCAUCCUCAGCCGCCCCCCCCACACUGGUCAACCCCACGGCCCCCAACGGAUCUUACCUAACGGAGGGUCAGGCUUCCAGAUGGGCCAGCUCGGCGUCUUUUGACAGUGUUUGGGUGUCUUUGGAGGGUCUGGGGGACUCGCCGGCGCACCACGCUCCAGUAAGAGCCAUGGAAAUGGGCACGGCCUCCGGGUCCUCGGCGUCCUCCUCCUCGGGCGCCGGAGCAGGUAGAAUGUGUAGGAACAUGUCUGUGGGCUACCAGAACGGCCUGAACUACAUUGCCUUGGAGCUGAGGGAGGACGGGAGUAACACAGGAGCCAUGGCGUCGGGGGCCGGUAGCAGUAACGGAAGCUCGGCGGCGGCGGGGACGGUUCCUCUGCCGGAGAACGGAGCCUAUGCCAGUAUAGACUUCACCAAAUCUGACGGAGUCACCACGACAACCAAGGACUGAGCGACAGGAAGAUAGAGGUUCCCCACCCCCUCCUCCUCCUCCUCCUCCUCAUCUCUCUGCUCGGGGCACUUGACUCUGCCUGUGACCUUUUGGCCUCCCCCUGCCGGUGACCUCUGACCUCUUCACCCAGACCUCCUGGAUGCAGAAAACAACAACAACAACAUCAAAACAGAUGACAAAAACGCUUGCAGUUUUUUUUUUUAUGUGUAUUUCAUCUUUUAUUUCUCUUGUGUUUUAUAUGCAUAUCUUGUCCUGUUUUUUUUUUUUUUUUUAAAUCCUUUCCCCCCUCUUACAAUCGAUGCUGCCAGUGUGCGCUGCCCCCCCCCUCGUGUUCAACAGACUUAUUCAACAGACAGCGGUCAGUGAACUUUGAGGCGGUGUCAACAGAACCCGAGAUAAUCUUAUUAUCAGAUGGUUCUUCUUCUCCGUACGGUAUUAAAAAAAAAAAAGGGAGGCUGGAAUACUAAGCAAAGGCAUUAUGGUACUGACUUGGAAACUUUUAUGUUGAGCUUAGAAUAUUAAUUUUUAUAUUUUAUUAUAUAUUUUUUUUACCCCAUGCAUAAUCCAUCCUCAAUACGGUACCGUAGAGUUAUUACAUUGUGGACAAACGUGGUAGAAAAUGUUCUUUUUAAUAAAAAAAAACAACUAAACGGAUUACCCCUUAAAUGGUACGAGCUCGUGGCGGGAUCCGCCUCACGAGGCGACAAAGUGGCAUUGCGCAACUCUUAACGUGCUUGCUCCGACACUUUACCGAGGUACGGCGCGGCGUGGUGUUCACACCAGUUCCAAAUACAACUGGGAAACGGAGCUACAGGUCCUGCGCCAGUAUGGGUUUAUCACAGUGUGCUAACGCAGCGGGAAAACCUUUAAAAAGCAUUACUCUCCUCAUAUUCUGUAGCACAUAGUAUUUAUUUGUUGCAAUAGGUACAGAUGUUCCAGUACAUUUCAUUGUUUGCUCUCAUGGCGGAGAUGGUACCCAGCAGGGCGGGGAAAGAACGCCGGCCACCAAUCGAAUGCUGGAAAGUUUUAUUCGUCUUAAUUCCGUCUCCUCGCCAAGCCUCUAGCGUUUACUGAAUCAGACUGAGGUGUUUUUAAAGGGAGAGCUCGACAUUUUGGGAAAUACGCUUCGUUCCCGAGUUACCUGAGAAGAUGGUUAGCUUAGCGUAGCAUAAAGGAAAUCGCUAAAGCUCACUAAUUAACAUGUUAAACAUUGUUUAACUUGUACGAAAAACCUAAUGUUGUGUUACUUUAAGACAGAGCAAGGCUAGCUGUUUCCCCCUGCUUCAAGUCUUUAUGCUAAGCUAAGCUAACCCUGCUGCUGACUCUACCUUUUGCCACUACAGCAGUUUGACGGCUGGUUUCGGAGCUGGUUGCUUAAUCGUUAGCUUGUAUUUAUUGGCUGUUAAGCAAGCUCCUAACUACUAAUUUAACUAACGUAACUUUAAUGUUAUGUUUGAGGUUAGUAACAUUAGUGUGGGUAUCGUAUUGGUAGCUUACGAGCACCUAACCAGCUGGCAUAACCUUAAUAACAACAGUUAAACGUCUUUUUAAGAACCUUUUCCCAAAAUGUUGGAACUAUUCCUUUAAAACAAAACAUGGAAGUGACUGAACGUAGCGUGUGGAGGUUUUGGAGACUCAGCUGCUAUGGCCGGCGGAAGGAAAAAGCUGUUUUUACCGCCCUGCUGCGCCGUUCUUUUAUCGAGUUUCCCGCACGAGGAAAUGUUCAGCAAACCCAAGCAGGUGUUUGCUCUUUCCUUUCUUUUUUUUAUUUCUCUUAAUAAAGUCGUUCUAUAUACUGCAGGUGUUGCUGGAGUUUUGACCUCUUUUUAUUAUUUUUUUUCCUUUAUCUUUUUUUUUUACUACAUGGUCAGUUUUUUACCUCAUGUGGUCCGUGACACGGUUGAGGUUUAGCGAGGGAGAGUGGCGCCGACACACACGUACACACAACGCUGUGAAGGGUAAAAAGCACAAAGUACAGACGUUGACACUGGGAUGCAAACACAAGUAAACCGUACACUGCAGGACACACACACACACACACACACACACGCACGCCCGUAUGUCAUGAAGACACAUGUCACGGUCAUGUGGCGUCUCCCAUGCCUGCUCUCAUAACGCACACAGUAGUCAUGCAGCCCUAUUUAGGCAAGGGUACCUCCUGUGUGCCCCCCAUUUUCGGCUCUCUGUCAGCGUCUCUUGGUGACGUCCAGGAUUUUUCACACACACACACAUGCACACACAUAUAUAUAUAUAUAUACAUAUAUGUGUGUGCAUGGUGGGGUGUUCGUCACUGGCUCUGGGUGACGUAAAGAGGUUUCCAGUAACCUGAGCUCCAGCCCCAGGUGCAGCGCGCUGGUCAUACUUGCCCUGUUACAACUUCACACACACAUACUCGCAGACACAUAUAUGCACACGCACACACACACACACACGUUUGGACAGGCAGCGAACACCCACAUCAAUCACGGUCUUAGUCGAAUGCUCGCUGCCCUUUCUCUCUCUCACACUAACGGACUGAAACACCCAUAUUUAGCAUUUCUACGCGCGCUACUCUCCCAUGACUAAAACCCACUCGACUGUUUUCAUAGAAAGAAAUGUGCUGAAACACAAAGACUGACAGCUAACGUAGCCCACAGCAUUGCAAUUUUUAUUUUUUUUGUUCAGUAUUCACUCAUCUAAAUCUAUCUUUGCCCACUCUUUAUAUAUUUUUUUUUGUUGUUUUUCUUUUUUAAAUUGUUAGGACGGAUGAAGGCCUGUCACUCUCACUGCGCCUCUGUGUGGGAUGCAUCAUUGUCGUGCUUUUAGGGGCCCCCGCACAGCAGGGAUGCAGAGGUAUCUUUAAAUAAUUGGUGAUGUCUGGUUUAGAGAGCAGCAGUGGUUUUUUUUAGAAGCUUGAACAGACUGAUCUGAAAGCCAAGGUCAGAUUGACAGCGCACUCGACGCUCUCUGAACUGCACAUAUGCGGUGAACUCCACACACUCCCUGUUCAUCGAAGCUAAUUUUCAGUCAGUGUUGGCGACUACGUAAACUUGGAGAAUCGGUACUAAAGUCAGAGACGUCUCGGCUAGAGAACAGACGAUACAAGCUGCAGAAAUCUUUCAUUGUUUAAAUCCAAUCAGAAGGAACAAAGGCUGUUUUUUGCUCAUUUCAACGGAGGCCCUGAAGUUCUGAAAGAGGUUUUGUUUUAAUAUCUUCUGCCCUGUAAUUAUCUUUUCUUUUUGCAGAAUAUAUUAUUUUGUGUAAACAAGAUAUUUUUAAAACGUCUUCUUUCGGGACUUUAUGGUCUGAGUUCCAUUUUAGUAUUGUUGGAAGUGAUUGAUGGAAGUCGAAGCAUUAGCACCAAACAAAGAUGAUUUUAAUGCCAUAUUUCCAGUUACAUGUGGGUCAUUGGUUGCAUUUAGUCAAUAUUUUCUUAAAUGAAUCGCUCAGUCGUUGCCACAAAACAGUGAAUCACAAUUUCCAACUUCCCAAUGUGAUGUUUUCAAAUAUCUUCUAUGACUUUGCAGCGGUCACUUUAUAUUAAACAGCAGAAAAAUUGCAAAUAUUAAAGACUUUGAGAGGCUAAAAAUAGUGAUUUUUGCUUAAUAAUCGACUUACAGGAUAAAUGUUGGCAUUAAAAUUAGUUUUCUGUAAGUCGACUUAUCGCCACAGCCGUAGUUUCUUCCCUUUAUAUUCGGGAUACGCGGAGUUUACUGCAUGAAGUCGAGUCGGAGGGUGUCGAGUAUUUCAUCAACAUUAAUAACCAACAUUAUAAUCACCAAAACUACUUUUACUAGACCAAAAUCCCACCCAUGACGUGCUCCACUCGAAGACCGCGCCCUUCACCUUCACCUUCACCUCCAUCCCAUCUUUUUUUAUUUUUUUACUUAUUCCAGUGACGACGGAGCCAAAAAAAGGACACAGGUUACUCAUCCUGUCAGGAGGAUAAGAGAUGAAGAUUGUUCCUGUCUGUGCGGCUCAGGACUUAAUGCUAACGACGUUAAAUAGGAGAGCUUUUACAGGAGAAACGCCCCCUUUUAUCGCCCUCUGGAGGGUCGGGAUAAUUAAGCUAACACCCCCCCCCCACACACACACACACACACACCUCACCUCACCUCCCCCCCGAGCAGAUCCAUGUUUUAAAUGGUCUGAUUUAAAAGUCCACAAAAUGCUGUUCAAAGAUUUUAAGCCUGUGAUGUGUCUUAUAUGUACAUUAUAAACAAUUUGAGAUAUUUUCAUUUGCCCCUCUCCUCCCACCCUUUGAAUGAACAAAGAAUUGAAUAGAAGAAUAUUUAGGCUUCGGCGACCCCCCACCCCACCCCCCAGACGAACGAGAACAUGUUUUUUUUGUUUAUGUUUGGAAAAAUGUUUUUGUGUACUUACUAUGCUACGGCGACGUGUUGCUUUUGAGUUAUUUUUAACGCUACGGCAAAAGAAAUGUUAGAGUUAGAUUUUGGGGGAUUUCUGGAAGAAUCCCCCUUAAUUUAUUUGAAGCAUUAUUCAAAAAUGGAUUUAUGUUGUUCAUGUCUGAUUGCCUUCAUGUUGAACUUUAACCCCCGCCACCACCCCCCCUACCCCACCUCCCACACCCUGUUUAAUUCUUUGUCAUGACUGAAUUACUUUACACAGAAUCUGUGUUUAUUUUGGCAACAAUUCAACCUCAAAAACUGUCCUCAAUGUUACCGAUUCUGAUGUUGAAAAUCAGCUGUUAGGAAUUUUUCUUGUUAGGGGUGGAGACAUGAGACCUACGUAAUAUAUAUAUAUGUAUAUAUAUGUAUAUGUAUACAUACAUAUAUAUGCAUAUAUAUAUAUAUAUAUAUAUAAUCCUGCAGAGAAAACUUAGGGUACUGCAUCAUUAUGCAAACUUUUGUUUCCUUUUUCCUCUUAUCUUUUGGUUUAUUUUGUAUUCUAGUUUACAGAGGGAAAAUAAUCAUCUUAUUUUUGGUUGUUUUGUUGUAUCGAGGCAACCUUGUGUCUCCGUAAACAAAGAGAUGCAAGGGUAGUAUUUUUUUUUAAGACUACAUAGGCAUUUUGCAGUUAUUUGUAUAAUGAAACCUCUGCCUAAUGUUUAUUUUUUUGUAACUAUAUUACAGUUUAUUUGCUGCUGUGUAGUACAGUUGGAAAUGCUGUCGAUGGCAACCAUGAUGAUGAUGACGAUGAUGUUCAUUGCCCUGCUAUCAGGCGCAGGUCAGUUUUUUUUUCUCCCGCCCCCCCGAGUCUUUUCCGAAAAGGAAAGGAUUUCGGCGGAGGGGGGCGAAAAAAAAAAGAAAAGCAAAUCCCACUCUACCCUGCUACCUGUGUUCUUAGUUUCCGAGUUGAAUGCUGUUGUUUAUUAGCUUUACAGGAAAGAGAGAGUUAAAAAAAAAAAAAUUACUGUGGAGGUGUGUAUCCUUCGUAUGUGCAUUAUUUUUCAGCGACGUACGUCCUAUUAUACGAAAAAGAAGAAAAAAAAGAGUUUAAAAAAGGAGAAAACUGUGGUGGAAAACGGGAAAUCCUCCUUCUGUAAAUAAGGAAAACUCAAGUUGUCGCUUUUUUCAUGUUAUGAUCGGCGCCUCAGCAGGUGCCCCCCCUUUUUUUGUUUUUAUUUCCUUCUCUCUUUUUUCUCUUUGUUUUUUCCUCGUGGAGGGAAAGGGGGGUAGGAGGAGUACUCAGAGGCGAUUUGAGCAUCGGCAUAGUGUUUAUAUUUAUCAAAACUUUUUUGCUUUCGAUAGAGCUAUUGCAAUAAAAAUGUGUUCAUGUAA